GCCAGGUUCAGCACCAUGUGCCAGGAUGGAAAGGCUGAAUCAGCUGUAAGGGCUUUGUGGGGCCAAGUUACAGCCAGGGGCACGUACCAACGUCUUGGUCUAGUUGCAAAUGCUUUUCUUCCUAUUGCAGCCACGGGGACCACAACUGACAUGAGGGCUGCAUUCCUGCUGCUGCUCCUCUGGCCCGUAGCCUGCGCUCACCCUGUGCCUGGCCACGAGCCUGCCCGCUCCCGCCGCAGCGCCCAGCAGCAGGACACAGCAAAUGAAGAUUACAUCAACAAUCUGGGUAACCUCUUGGAUGAUGGAGAUGGCAGACAUCCUCCUGCCACUGGGGAGACGGGGGACAAUGCCCUUGCCUGGGACCCAGCAGUUGGGAACGCUGUGGGUGAGGAGCUGGGCGAGCAUGGUGGCCAAGACAAGAGAGGCAGAGCUGGGGAGGCUCAGCACCUGAACCAGGUGGACCAUGAGGGUGCGAGUGCCCGGGAUGGGAACAGCCUGGGUUUCCUGGAGGAGGAUGCACGUGAUGCUGAUGAUGGUGACAACGGAGAGCACCAUGGCACUGGAGUCAAUGGGCUUCCCUCCCAGGCUGGCGGGCUUCUGGAUGAGGAGGACGACAGUGGGGAUGACACCUUUGAUCAGAACGGGCAAGAGGACGGGGGCGAAGGUCCUACCUACAUGGCUGGUCCUGAUGGGGCAGGUGAACUUGACCAUGAUGCUGGCCGUGGGGACACUGGAGCUGGUGGAGGGCACGGCGACAGCAGCAGCAGUAGCAGCAGUGAGAGCAUGGGGGCAGACCACCGGCAGUACAGGAACUAUCUCGGUGGCCAGUAUGAGCGGACCUACAGGCACAGAGGGGGCAGCAGCAGCAGCCAGGAGGAGGAGGAGAGCUACAACUUCGCAGAUGAAGCCAUGCAGGGUGAUGACCCCUCUGUCUUUGACGGCCCAGUCAGCAGCUACAAGGGGCGUCGUGCUGGCCCCCAUGCCCUGGGCAGCAGCUGGGGGGCUGGCUCCCACCAAUGGGAGGAGGGUGACAGCAGGUCCCCAGAGGUGGAGGAUGCUGACUCGGAAGAAGACAGCCCAUCCACAGAGGGCAACAGUCAGUCAGAAGAGCCCGACACCAGCCAGUCAGAGGAGAACAGUGCGAGCCGCUCCAGGGAGGAUGGGGAUGGGGAGGACAGCCCAUCCAGGGAGGAUGAGGACAGCGAGUCCAAGGAGAGCACUGCUGACCAGUCAGAUGAAGAGCCAGGGGAGUCCCCAGAGGACAUCUCCAAGGAGGCGCUGAGCACGUCAGGUGAGCACAGCAGCAGCCGGUCCCGGGAAGAGCAGGAGGACCAGGAGUCUGCUGAGGACAAGAGUGCACCAUCCACACCUGACAGCGAGUCCAGGGAAGAUGAUGGUGACCAGAGCCCAUCCACAGAGGACACUGCAGAGGAGUCAAAGGAGGACGAGAAUGACUCCAACCCUGACGGGGAUGUGCCGAGCACAUCAACUGAGAGCCAGAGCGCAUCACCAGAGGAUGACGGCAGCCAAGAGGAUGAUGCAGGUGAGGACAGCAGGUCCACAGAGAGCAACAACAGUGAGUCUCAGGAGGAGGACGAUGAUGAGGAGAGCCACUCUCAGGAGGAUGCCACCCACGAGUCCAGCAGCCGUGGGGACAACAGCUCGCCACAGAGCCUGGAGAGCGGGAGCCGCAAGCGGCGGCUGGGUGCCUACCGCAACAAGCCCGCUGCCGACUCCGAUGACAAUGACUGCCAGGAUGGAUACUGACAUGUGCCGCACAGGCUCAUUGGUGCUAGGGGGUGUGGGGGGAGGAGGGUUUAAUUUAUUUGCUAUAUAGCCUGGCUGACUUCUUCCUGAGGAGAUGCUGUGGGUAAAAUGGAGGUAGGUUCUCCACGGCUCAGUCUGUGCACACUACACAGGGUGUGAAGUGGGAGAUGAUGCCAGACACAGGGAAAAUGCCCAGCUGCAGUGAGAAAAGCCAUUUCCCAAACCAGAGAGCAGCCAAGAGCUCUGAGUGCCAGCAGGGUGAUGCUGCCCACUAGCUACAUGAGCACAGUGGCGGCUCAGCACUCCGGGAGCUGAGUGUUCACCCCUUGUAUUUACCUACCACUGCCCUAAAAGCGUCUGUCCAGACUCCAACAGGAGCUUUCUGUUAGCUCCGUGUCCUGCACAUAAGGAGGAAAAGCUAUAGCUGGUGUGCACGCGUGGUGCGUGGGCUCAGUGGUGUGCAAAGUACCACUUCAGGAUGGGAUGUAUGUAAUAUUUUGUAAGAAAUGUACAGAAAGCGUUAUAUUGUAUCCUUUUUGCACUUGUAUUUCAAAGCUGAAAUGUACCCUGUUGAUUUCUUUAAUUACCAUUAAAACCAUCACACUCCAUAGUGGUGUGGUCUGAA